CCGUCUAUUCACCUCACGUUGUCUUCUGCAAGUGCUGGAAUAUUUUUUCUUUAAGUGUUUAAAUGGCAUCCACAAGGCGCCGCCGCCUUGUUCCGUGCUUUUUGGGAAUACUUCUAAAUGCUCUAAUUGGUGUGAUGUGCGAAGCAGAACUGUCCUUCAGACUGGAGCCCAGGGACAUCAUCGCGGUACAGGAGCAGCCCCUCAUGCUGCACUGCCAGGUCGACGGCAUCCCCCCAAUAACAAUACAGUGGAGGCACUACGGCCUGCUUUUAACUCAGGAUCAGCAUCACACCACCUUCAUCAACGGCUCACUACUGAUCGCUCACUUCCAGAAGACCAAAUCUGAUAGGUCAUCGGACGAGGGCGACUACGAGUGUGUGGCCGAGAAUUAUUUUGGGCUGGUGGUGAGCCGCAAGGCCCGUAUUCAGGCAGCCACCAUGGCAGACUUCCAUGAACAACCGGAGUCAGUUCACGCUGAGGAGGCCGGCGUGGCAAGAUUCCAGUGCCAGAUCCACGGUCUGCCAGAGCCGCUCAUCAGCUGGGACAAAGACAGCCGUCCGGUGGACACCAAGGACAAGAGGUACACCCUCUUGCCGACAGGUGUUCUGCAGAUCACAGGUGUGCGUGACGAGGACAGUGGAAAGUUCUGCUGUGUGGCUCAUAACAGUGCAGGAGUGAAACACAGCACCGAGGCACUUCUCACUGUAUCAGGCUCUCAGUCAUCUGUUUACAAAGAGCCUAUGAUAGUGGUCGGUCCGGAAAACCUCACCCUCACUGUUCACCAAACCGCCAUCUUGGAGUGUGUUGCCACCGGAUACCCCCGACCCAUCGUGUCUUGGAGCAGACUAGACGGCCGUCCCAUCGGUGUGGAGGGCAUCCAGGUACUCGGCACAGGGAACCUGAUGAUCUCAGAUGUGGGUGUGCAGCACUCAGGGGUCUACGUAUGUGCUGCUAACAAACCGGGGACCCGCGUUCGUAGGACUGCUCAGGGACGUCUGGUGGUCCAAGCUCCGGCAAAGUUUGUUCAAGCACCCCAGUCCAUCGCUCGGCCCGUCGGCACCACCGCUAUCUUCACCUGCCAGGCACAGGGCGAGCCGGAGCCCCAGCUCACCUGGCUGAAGAACGGGCAGAUCCUGGAGCCCGGGGGCCACGUCAAACUCAGGAACAACAACAGCACUCUGACGAUUUAUGGUAUCAGCCAGGACGACGAGGCGAUCUACCAGUGUAUCGCUGAGAACAGCGCCGGCUCCACACAGGCCAGCGCCCGCCUCACGGUGCUCAGGGCCAACGGACUGCCCGGUGUGCCCUCCCAGGUGCGGGCCGAGGCCCUCUCCCCCUCCAACAUCCAGGUGUCCUGGAGAAAGCCGGAACAAAACACGCAGGACAUCAUCGGUUAUGUGCUGCACAUCCGCAAGACUUCAGACCCUGUGGAGAUGGAGUAUGAGGAGGCCCUCAGUAAGGCGACGCUGCAGCAGAUCAUCCGAGACCUGGAGCCCUCCACCAGUUACUCUUUCUACGUCAAGGCCUACACAUCCCAUGGGGCCAGCAAACCAUCGGACAGUGUCACGGAGACCACUCACGGGGAGGUGCCAGCGUCCCCUUCUCUCUUCACCAAGGUGAUGAACAGCAGUGUUAUACAGGCAACGUGGGAACCUUCCUCCAAGAUGGGCCAACAACAGGGCUUCAGACUGUACUACAGAAGAGCCCACACUCCGAUGUUCACCGGACCCAUCCUCUUCCCUCGCAACGUCACACAGUACAACAUCACUCAGCUGGAUCCUUCUCUGGUCUAUGAGAUAAAGCUGUUCGCAUACAACCAACACGGAGAUGGCAACGCCACCAUCCGAUUUGUUUCUCUUCGAGAGGCGUUGGAGAAAUCUGUGUUGGAUGCCCCAUGUGACUGUGUGAAAGAUGAACAGAGCAAAACAUCCACCACAGGCAUCAUAAUCGGCAUACACAUCGGAGUCACCUGCAUCAUCUUCUGUGUGCUUUUCCUCGUCUUCAGCUACCGCGGCAGGUUAAUGAUGUGUAAGGCGGUUCAGGCCACCCCCCAGGCGGGGCACAGCGCUGUGCUGGAGUCCUCCUCAUCCUCUCAGGGGGCCUCUGGGCUCAACGGGGGCGCCAGGAGAGAGAUGGAGGUCAAUGGCAGCACAGCUGGGAAGAAAGUGGCCGACAGCAACGAGCUUGAGAGACUUUUCACUCAGCCCACCACACAAGAUACAUGCAUGUCCGACUCCUACAUGCUGAAUGACACCCAGCUGUCUACGAUACCACUGGACGAGUUUGGGCUGGAGCGAGAGACGCAGUUCCAGGAGCAUCCUGCAGCCGGAGCGGGUCGGCAGGACCAGGGCUGA